CUGCCCCGGGCCUAGCCCCGCGGGAAGGACCCGGGGCCACGGCGGGGAGACUGGAAGGGCCUAGAACCGCGCCCGGGCUCCUCUGGGGACCGAGUCUCCCAAGGGGUCGCUCCUGCUAGCCAGCCGGGAGCGACAGGCACCGUUUUUGUGCCUCCUCCGUGGCUGUGGACUGGAGCCCUGUAGCCCGGGACUCGCACAUGCAAGUCUCUGGCGAGGCAGCGGAAGGGACGAUCCCGGGGCGACCGCCGACCCCGGCGAGGACCCCAGCCCGUCCCCCUAGGGGCCCCGAUGAACGAGGACUUCGGGGUGCCCCCUCCCCAGCACGUUUGUGCGAUUUCUGUGAUCUAGUCCUUAAGAAAGGUGGCCGUUUUUUUUUUUUCCCCCUAGGAUGCAGGAAGUAGAUGACAUUCCAUCCACACUGUGUGAGCAAAUUGGAGAGAGUACCUUGAUAGAGGACUGAUGUUUUUCACUGAUGAGAUGGUGACCAAAAGCCAGCCCCUCUUCGAGUGGAACUCUUGCGUGUUGACCGGCCACUCUCCUGUGCUCUGGAUGAUGUCUGAACACGACCUGGCGGAUGUGGUUCAGAUUGCAGUGGAAGACCUGAGCCCUGACCACCCAGGUACAGAGCUGUGGGACAUUGUUUUGGAGAAUCAUGUAGUGACAGAUGAAGACGAACCUGCUUUGAAACGCCAGCGACUAGAAAUCAAUUGCCAGGAUCCGUCUAUAAAGUCAUUCCUGUAUUCCAUCAACCAGACAAUCUGCUUGCGGCUGGAUAGCAUUGAAGCCAAGUUGCAGGCCCUGGAGGCCACUUGUAAAUCCUUAGAGGAAAAGCUGGAUCUGGUCACGAACAAGCAGCACAGCCCCAUCCAGGUUCCCAUGGUGGCCGGCUCCCCUCUUGGGGCAACCCAGACGUGCAACAAAGUGCGAUGCGUCGUCCCCCAGACUACAGUAAUACUCAACAAUGAUCGGCAGAACGCCAUUGUAGCCAAGAUGGAAGACCCCUUGAGCAACAGGGCACCGGAUUCCCUGGAAAAUGUCAUUAGCAACGCUGUGCCUGGGCGUCGGCAGAACACCAUUGUGGUGAAGGUGCCGGGCCAAGAAGACAGCCACCAUGAAGACGGGGAGAGCGGCUCGGAGGCCAGCGACUCGGUGUCCAGCUGCGGACAGGCGGGCAGCCAGAGCAUUGGGAGCAACGUCACCCUCAUCACCCUGAACUCAGAAGAGGAUUACCCCAAUGGCACCUGGCUGGGCGACGAGAACAACCCCGAGAUGCGGGUGCGCUGCGCCAUCAUCCCCUCUGACAUGCUGCACAUCAGCACCAACUGCCGCACAGCCGAGAAGAUGGCGCUCACGCUGCUGGACUACCUCUUUCACCGCGAGGUGCAGGCCGUGUCCAACCUCUCGGGGCAGGGCAAGCACGGGAAGAAGCAGCUGGACCCGCUCACCAUCUAUGGCAUCCGGUGUCACCUUUUCUAUAAAUUUGGCAUCACGGAAUCCGACUGGUACCGAAUCAAGCAGAGCAUUGACUCCAAGUGUCGCACGGCGUGGCGGCGCAAACAGCGGGGCCAGAGCCUGGCGGUCAAGAGCUUCUCGCGGAGAACGCCGAACUCAUCUUCCUACUGCCCCUCAGAGCCGAUGAUGAGCACCCCACCUCCCGCCAGUGAGCUCCCGCAGCCACAGCCGCAGCCGCAGGCCCUGCACUACGCGCUGGCCAACGCUCAGCAGGUGCAGAUCCACCAGAUCGGAGAAGACGGACAGGUGCAAGUAAUCCCACAGGGACACCUCCACAUCGCCCAGGUGCCGCAGGGGGAGCAAGUCCAGAUCACGCAGGACAGCGAGGGCAACCUCCAGAUCCAUCACGUGGGGCAGGAUGGUCAGGUGCUGCAGGGCGCACAGCUGAUCGCUGUGGCCUCCUCGGACCCCGCGGCGGCGGGCGUGGAUGGAUCACCGCUCCAGGGCAGCGACAUCCAGGUUCAGUACGUGCAGCUGGCGCCAGUGAGCGACCACACGGCCGGGGCGCAGACGGCUGAGGCCCUGCAGCCCACGCUACAGCCGGAGAUGCAGCUCGAGCACGGGGCCAUCCAGAUCCAGUGAGCGGUGCCCGCGGUACGAGGAGCGCCCGGCACCAGGAGCCCCUCGCUGGCUCCGCCCAUGGCCCGGCCCCCAUGCGCCCUGCUCUCUCGGCCUCAGCACAGGCAGCGGCUGCACGGGUUCUGCUGAAGUGCGUCUGAAGGCUGCUGCCUCCGCGGGGAAGAGCGCCCUAUCAACUGAAAGAGCAGUCGCCGCCGCCCCCAGCCGGAGACCUUUCGUUUGAGUCAUGCUGUUGGUGUCGGAGGACGGAGGGGAGGCACAGUGCGGAGAGCGUCGCGUAUGCGCGGGAAAUCAAGAACUAUGAUAUUUUUCUGUUUAAACAGCUUUUUUUAAUUUGCUAUGGUGUUUGUAACAAAAAAGAAAAUUUGAAAAAAAAAAUCCCAGGGGAGUAGCAGGAGCCCUUUGCUGUGUGCUCUGUCCACUGUCAUGAGACAGGAGCCCUUUGCUGUGUGCUCUGUUCAGUGUCAUGAGGCAGGUGUUUGCAAAGCCAGCUCUCGGUUCCGAUGGGGUAUUGCUGACCUACUUUUCUAGGGGAAAUGCUCUCAAACACUGUAAUUAUGCAUUUCUAAUUAAAUAAAAUGUAUUUAUGACCACAA